AUGGCUUCUUACAGGCAUCAACCGAUGCCUCAUCCAGGCUCGAGGCACGGCCCCCAAGGGGGAUACGCACCACAGUCCACGCCUCAUCAUGGCGCUCCACCUGCCGGCACAUUCUCCCCCGGUACCAAGAUCCAAGUCGGCAGCCAUCGAGUCGUCAUCCAGAAAUACCUGUCAGAAGGGGGUUUUGCCCAUGUCUACUUGGUCAAGCUUCCCUCGCCCGUCGACGGCACGGAUCUCGCCGUUCUCAAGCGUGUUGCGGUGCCGGACAAGGAAUCCUUGCGGGGCAUGCGCACCGAGGUCGAGACCAUGAAGCGCCUCAAAGGACACCGACCGAUCGUAACAUACAUUGACUCUCAUGCCUCGGAACUCAAAGGCGGUGGCUACGAAGUCUUUCUCCUCAUGGAGUUCUGCGACGGGGGUGGUCUGAUCGAUUACAUGAACACGCGACUGCAGCAUCGAUUGACAGAGCCCGAGAUCCUGCACAUCUUCUCCGAUGUCGCAGAAGGGGUUGCCUGCAUGCACUACCUGAAACCACCUUUGCUCCACCGAGAUUUGAAAGUCGAGAAUGUUCUCAUCGUGAACUGCUCCUCUUCCAAGCAGUUCAAAGUGUGCGACUUUGGUUCUGCUGCGCCUCCUCGCCCGGCGCCGACCACCGUAGUCGAAUGUCGCCUGGCGGAUGAAGAUGUGCAAAAGCACACGACGCUGCAGUAUCGGGCUCCGGAGAUGGUCGACGUGUACAGGAAGAAACCGCUCAACGAGAAGUCGGAUAUAUGGGCCCUCGGCGUUUUCUUGUACAAGCUUUGCUAUUACACGACACCAUUCGAGGAUCAAGGACAAUUGGCUAUUCUCAACGCAAGCUUCAAGUAUCCCAGCUAUCCCGUGUUUUCAGACAGACUCAAGAAGCUCAUCGGCUCAAUGUUGCGAGAGGACAUGACAGUCCGACCAAACAUAUACCAAGUCCUGAAUGAAGCAUGCGACAUGCAAGGUAUCAAAGUACCCAUUCAUGAUAUUUACCGCAAUCAAUCACAAGGGCAAGGUCAGGCUGCAAGCAAAGCGUCGCCAACAAACCCGCCGCAGUCAACACGAGAGCCUAUUGUCGGAGCCAUGUACCAUUCGCCGGCUGAAGAGAAGAAAGACAUUCCCACUGUAGUGCCAAUGCGACGAGGCCGUCCUACGGUCCAGCCCCAAGCACAGAAACAAGGGUCUCGGUCUCCAGCGCCCAAGGUGACGAACGGGGACCCUUUCGCUGCGCUCGACUCGAAAGCUGGCCGCAGGUUGGUCGAGGAAGAUGAGAUAGCAUCUCGAUUCCCAACGUUGGACCAAUUCACUCUUUUCCAUGAAAAGGGCAGCAAGUUUGACUUUGACACUUCAGCAUCUUCCCCAUCUUCUCAGGAUCAUGUCAGAAACAAGCGUCUCACAGAGCGUCUCGCAGACGAAGCGUUUUCUUUGUCGCAACAAACCCCAGAAAAGCCUUUGCCGUCCUCGAGACCGCAUUCCGCCACACCUGCUGUCCAACAACCGCAACCCGCUCCCUCUCCCCCGGCCGAAAGGCCGCCCUCAAAGACUCCAACAACGCUACUUGGAACGGAAACCCACCGAUCCGGUCGAGCACCUUCAAUAGUUCAUAACAAUCGGACGACAUCAUCGCAGACUUGUCCCGAGUAUGUUUCAACAGGAACAAUGACGUCGGACUUGCCGUCCAGGGCUUCAACUCCUCAGGCGAAUUCGCCAUACGCACAGGUCUUGCCCGAGCGCAGUGCCUCUAAGCCCAGCUCAGAUGCGCCGCUACCAAGUGUUCACCCACCUCAUCUUCGGCAGCCGUCUCCGUCAUCACGACCAUCCCUGGAAGAUAAUCGCCAUCAAGCCCAUCAAGCCCAGACAGCCGAGGCAGUGGAAAGGUCUACUGCAUUCAACACCCGACCCCGCCCAGCCAGUACGAGCUUCGAAUCAAGCACUCCAGCGUUUUUGCGAGAAAACAGAUCAGCGAACUCGCAAAAGAUUUCCCUACACGCUGGUUCACGAGCUGUACCUCAACCAUCGGACACCCAUCCGACAGCCAAUUCACAGAGCAGAGCUGACAGCCCCAAUAUCACUGAAGAAUCGUCGUUUGAAAUUGGCGGGCCCAACGCCGAGCCUCGGGGCAAGAAAUUCGUCAUUGGCAAGAGAAUGACUUUGCCGACUCCUCGGGUACUAAAUACGCAUUCAAGGAAAUUCGACGAUCCGGUCAAUCAGCUGGACGCCACUUCCUCCCAUGGAUCCGGCAUCGCCAACCGCGCUGACUCCCCCAGCCGCUUCGUCGGGCCGCCUAAUCCUGCCGCCGCCAUCAACCGAGAACCAGCCGCGGAUCAAAGUGUCAAUGCUCUUGAUGAUAUGAACGAGGAUGGUUCAAAGCCCGAAAUCAGAAGGGAACUCGAACGGCGAAAACUCGAGGAAGAGGAAAAAAGAGUAACGGCUGCCCAGGCUGAAUAUCGAAAUUGUGUCAGUUCAUCCGGUCGGCCUGUGCCCGGGCCCAAGAACGUUGGUGGGCCUCCACGAACGGCCAGUACGAUACAAAGCCGCAUGCAAAGCCUUCUCAACGAGGAACAUCGGCCCGUAAGUAUCCAGAGAACCGCUCAAGGAUAUGGAAAAUACACCGAUGCUCCAUCUGAGUGCACCAACCAGAAACCACCAGCAGCCACAAAGCGUAAAUCCGUCGGCGCUAAACCAAUCGCCGGAGCACCCUCCAAGGCCGUCAAUGCCAUCAAUUCCAACAAAUCUCAUGUAUCAAAAAUGGCGAUGUUGGCACCAUCCACGUCUCCCAAGCCCGCAGGGUCUAAACCCCCAGCCCCCAAGAAGAAGCCGACGCACCUGAACAGUUUUCCCACAACAGGACAUGCGGAGUCGCCAGUGAAGCAGGUGUUGACGGCUCAGUCGGAACAGCUUAUCGCGAUAGAUCUUGCAGGCCAGCCAAUCUUGGAAAUGUCUGCAAAAGAUAAAGAGGAUUAUAUCCAGGAUUUCACAAAACGAUUCCCAAGUUUAAGUUCAAUAGAGCUGGAAUCGCAGCAGGGUCGUGGCGGCGGAUCGCGGUAA